GUUUAAAUGAACAAUAUAUUUGUUGUUGGUAGGGUUGGUCAUAGUGAUGUGAUGGACCAAUGAGGUUGCAGCUUCAGUGUUUUGAACUGUGAGUGUCAGGCAGCACCUGUCAACUUCCUCUCUCUAUAUUAGUGGGAAUGAUUGUUGACUGGGUCUUACCAUGAGUUGGUUUGGCUCGGCCUCAGAGUGGAAACAGGGCCUCGGUUCAUUGGCCCUGAGUAAGGUUGAGGAGCUAGAGAAUCAGGUUGAACGAUUCAAACGUGAAAGACAGCAGAAACAGAAUCAGCUAGACACUCUUCAGCAGGCUUUAGAUAAACAGAAACUUAAGACUGAUGAUACUGCAAAGGAAAAGCAAUCGUUGUUGAAGGACAUAGAACAGUUAAGUCGAAGCUGUGAGCAACUCCAGCUGCAGUUGCAAAAGAGUCAACAUGACCACGUCACUUCAAGCAUUACUCUCUUGCCCCCACGACAGACUGCAGCUGUUGAGUCUUUGCCAUCUCAUUCAGGUGAUGCACUGUCCUUGUCAGAAGUUGGCACACCAUCUGCUGAAGUCUCUACCUUGCUGCUGACUUCUGAUCCUGCACAAUUCUCCACUGGUCCUGCAACUCUGCCUACAGAGGGACCAGUCUGGGAGGAAGUGAAUAGCUUACGGAAGAAAGUGGAUGAGCUGAUGCAGGAGAACAGAAGUUUACAAAUCCAGUUGGGUGAACAAAAGACUCAAGCUCAGAGCUUAGACAGCUCUCUCACUUCAUCAACCUCCUCUUUGGGAGAUGAUGACAGGGAUUUCUGGGGAAGUGAGAGAGGUAACAAAUGGAGUCAACGUACACCAAGUACAACACCAAGAAAGGCAUUGGAGACAAGUGAAGAAAAUCCAUUUAAAACACCUUUUACAGGCCCCCAUAUUAAAGCUCUUGGAAUGAGUGAAGGGAAUCCCAUUAAAUCCCAAAGCAAGCUUCACUCAUUGUCAUCUCUGUCUACUUCUUCUUUGACACCUAAUGAUGAUUAUAUAAAGGAGUUGGAAAGGGCAGUUGAACAAUAUAAGAUGGAGCUGGAAGUUGAUUUUGAAGGUGCAGGAUGUUUGUUGGUGAAAACUGAGCAGCGCCUCCGAGCAAUUCAGAGUGAAUUGGAGUGUCAAAGGCACAACAGUGAAGCUGCACGCAAAAACCAAGAAGACAAGUUCAAAGAACGUGAGAGGGAGCUCAGUGCUGACAUUACCAGAGCACAGAAUGACAUGAUGGGUAUGGAACGUCAGAUAUGUGAUUUGCAGACCAAACUCCAGCAGCAGGAAACCUUGUCUCGCAAUACCCAAAACACACUUCAGGCAUCUUUAGAUAAAGCACUGGCUCAGAUAGCAUCAGUGGAUAAGGAUUGCAAAGUGGCUGUGAAUCGUAGCAGUCAGCUAGAGGCAGAGAUUGCUAAGUUAGAGAAGACGGCCCAAGACUCUGCUAAAACUCUAACUCAGUUGCGCCAAGACAAGGAAAUGGCAGCUGCUCAGGUAUUAGGACUGAAGACAAAACUUUGUGCAGCAGAAUCCUUGGUAGAGAAGCUGACUACCCGUGUAGAGUUAGCUGAGCAGCUGGCAGACAGUAGAAAGCUUGAACUGGAACAGCUACACUCUGAUAAAGACAAGGCUGUUAAAGAGGCUGAAAAUACUAUCACCAAGUUAUCUCAAGAAAUCAUCCAACUUCAGGAAGAGCUGAAAUCCAAAGAAAAACAGAAGGAAGAAGCACAGCAGGCAAUUAAUAUAACCAAAGAUGAAUGUGACAAGAAAUUAGCAGGCAUAAAUUCAAUGGAAGCUGAGGUAACUGAUAUGAGAGGCCAAGUCAGCAAGAUCACUGCAGACAUGGAGUGCCUGAAGUGUGAGACAGCAGCAUCAAUCAAGACUGCCAAGGAAGAGGCCAGUUUGCAGGUAGAGAAAAUACAAGCAGCAGCUAAACUAGAGAUUGAUGAGGCAAAAAUGAAUGCAGAGGCAGAAAUAGCUAAGAUUAAAGAGGCUACUGAAUUAGAAGUGAAAAAUGCCAAGAAAACAGCAGCUGAGAGCAUUGACCUGAGACAUGAAGAAACUCAGGCUCAGUUGAAUCAGAUGAGACAACAGGUCAUUGAAGCAGAGACACGGGUCAAAGUUGCAGAGGAGGAAAAGCUGGAAGCCCAGAAUAAGGAAGAUGCUGCCCGUGGAGAGAGAUUGGCUGCUGAGGUAUCUAAAUGGGAGCUAGAAGGAAAGAAUGAUACACUCAAGGCAGAUAUUGCUCAGCAUCUGGAAACUAUAAAUUCCUUGAAAUAUGAGAUUGAAGUUCUGAUGAGAGAAAAGGCAGCAGAAGAACAUCAUGAAUCACAGAUGAGAGAGAAGGAAGCAAGUGUUCAAAUGUUAACUUCAUCACUUGAAGAGAAAAAGCAAACUAUUUCAGAUCUGGAGAAGAAAUGCUUUAAUCUGGAGGUAAAACUAGAGACACUGAGUGAAGAUAAAGAACAAAUUGAAUCUCAGCUCAAAGAUGAGCGUAAACUGCACACAGACAGCAUUGCAACUCUGAAUAAGUCUGUAGAAGAAAAGGAACUAACAUUAGCUAAAAAUUACAAAGAAAUGGAUGCCUUAACUGUUACAUUAGCUAGUGCACAAGCAGAGAACAUGGAAUUGGUUGAUCAGCUGAAAUCACUGAAAGGUGAGAUGGAGGACAAAUUCCAGAAUCUACAGGUGUCACUUGUAGACAGUGUCACUGCCUUGGAGAAGGAGCGUGAUUUUGCAAUCCAUCUGCAGAGCAGAUGUGACAGUCAUGAACAACAACUUAAAGAAGCCCGAGAACAGAAGCAGCAGAUUGAAGUGAAAUAUGUAAAUGAAGAAAAACAUCAUACAGAAAGUAUUAGAAAUCUGAACAGUAUUCUAGAAAAGCAUGAAGAAUCCUUAGAAAAAAAACAAAAGGAAAUGGAAAAUCUUAAGUCUCAACUUGAAACUAUGAAAGCUGAAAAUAGGAUACUAGAAGAAGAGAGAGAGAGGAUGAUUACUGAUAAUGAGGAGAAAUUAUCUAUUGUUCAGGGUGCCCUUGAAGUUGCAGAAACUCAAAGUGCUAAUUUGAAAGAGCAAGGUCACACACUUCAUGCUAAGCUUGACCAGUUGAGCAUCACUUUUGAGAAUAAGGCACAAACUUUCGUGCAGGAACGCUCAGAAUUGGGGCAAGCAAUAGCAUGUCUGAAAUUAAGUUUAGAAGACCUUGGUAACAAACAUAGGGAAAAGUCAACAAAAUUAACGGAAGCUGAGCAAGACAUUUGUCAGCUAACAGUCAGUAUUGAUGAGAAAACCAUGGCAUAUAAUGAGGUUGUAUCAACUUUGAGAAGCAAUGAGAGCUUAAUAAAAGAGAGAGAGAUAGAGAUAGCAAAACUGGAGAAAUUAGUAGAAGAAGCAACUGAUAACUGGAGAGACUCAAAAUGUCAGUGUGAAAUAUUAACAUGCUCUCUCAAGGAGAAAGAAGAGGAACUAAGUCAGAGCAGUAGUACUUCUCGGGUAUUGAGCGAAGAAUUUGAUGCACUGAAGAGUAGGCUAGAAGCUGCAGCUUUGGAAAUAUCUGCACUGAAAGAUGAUAUCGUAUUAAAAUCCCAAAAAAUGAGUGAACUUGAAAUUAAUGCCAAGCGUACAGAAGAGGCAAUGGCUCGAGUAGAAUAUCUGGAGGAAGAGUUGAAAAAGUUGCAUGAAAAACAUGAUGUGGUUGUCGCUCAACUUUCAGAGGCCUCGGUAACCCUUGUUACCAAAGAGGAGGAGUGUACACAAUCUCGGGCUGCUAUAGAAGAAUUGGAAAACAAAAAGAAUGCAACUAUACAGUCUCUGCAAGAUAAGCAAUCACUUUUAAGUGAAGAGAAGAAAACAUUGUUAGCAAGGCUACAAGAAGAAGAGAAGAAAACUUCAAAUGCUUCCCAAAAUCAGUUAGAAGUUAAAAGGCAGUUAGAUGGCACAUGGGCCCAAUCUGAUGAAUUUCAGAAGGAAUUGGAGGAACAUAAAUCAGCAGUUUGCAAAUUAAAGGAAACACAUUCUAGGCUUCUUGCGGAAAAACUUCAGUGGGAAGAAGAACAGAAGUUGCUGAAAUCAACUGUAGAAAACUUGCAACAAGCCAAGAACAAUCUUUCAUCAAAGGUGGAAACAUUACAUAAUAGCAAUGCAUGUCUUAGGUAAGACAUUUGUAAAAGAAAUUGUAUUUUUAUCUUGUUUUUGUUUUGUUGCUAUUGUUUAUAAGCAGUCCUCUCUCUGUAAACAAAAAGCUGUUAUAGUAUAGGUGAAACUUGAACAAAAAUCUUAAAGCAGUACAUUAGGGCCUUGACUUCAAUUUUCCAUCUUACAAUGUUUCAAAUUACUGUUUGAUGUUUUGCACUUAUGAUUUUGGCACUUGUGAAACAGUUACCUAUACAGUAAUUAUGAAUACUAAUCUACAGUUAUGAUCAUUGCAAAUAAUCAAACAUUAUUUUAAGUGAUUUUUAUGUCUUUUACCAAAACCAUUAAUACUUUGUGUAUUAACUUUGUGCAUGUAUCAAUAUCAGAUCAAAAGGGGGUAUCAAUAUAAGUGGGAAUUAACUAAAUUUGAUGGUAUCUCUGAGUAUUGGUCUAAAAUUCAAUAUAGAUAUCAGUAUCGGCAUAAAUUUUAGUAUGCCAUUACUAGUAGAGAUUAUAUAUAUAUAGGUAUAGAUUUGCUAGACUAGAUUUAAUGUUCAUAAUUUCUUAUGCUUGAGUUGUAAUAUUUUUCUCAGUUUUUGCCUAAUUCUUUAUUCUCUGUGUGUGUUCAUUUUAUGCAUGUGUAUAAAGAGCUCUCAUUUGAUUGAUAAGCUGUAAAUUUAAUAUAUAUAUAUAUGAUUUUCUUAAGAUUUAAUCACAAGUACAUUAAACUCUCAUUUGAAAGCAUUUGAACUCCAUAAUAGUGUCUUAAUUCUACUGGAAAAAAGUGCAAUAAAUAAGGUCAUGAAAACAACUGACUGCUAUUACUAGUUACGCCUACCCUUCAUUCACUCGUAACCUUCGCACAUACCUUCUUUUGUUCAUUCUCCCACAGCUCUGUAUGACCUUUCUAAGCAAGCUUUUAUUGAAAUCUUUAAUAAAGUAUUUAAUAAAUUCUU